AUGUCGUUUUUGUACGGUAAAAGUCUGCAAGAUGCAAUUGAAGAAGAGAGUGGGAGUAGUGAAGAAGAUUAUGACAGUGAUAAAGAUAAAGAAUUCCAUCCAAGUGCCCUUGAUUACAACUCUGAAGAUUCAGAUACUGGAUCAUUGAGAGGACAGCCUGAGCCCUCGGGAUUGCAGUGCAUCUCAAUAUCUCCAGAGGAUCAGCCUGCUGAUGCUCUACUACUGCUACAGACAACUGAUCUGCCACACACCACUGCCUCUCUUCACAACGCUGAUGAUCAACACAACGCUGAUGUUCUACACAACGCUGAUGUUCUACACAACGCUGAUGUUCCACACAACGCUGAUGUUCCACACAACGCUGAUGUUCCACAAGAUGGUGAUGUUCCACACAAUGCUGACAAUGUUCCACACGACGCUGAUGAUACACCACCUCUAAAACCUCGUAAGAGAAUGAGAAAACCAGAUUGUACAAAACAAUCCACAGCCAAAAGAUUAAGAAAUUCAGGUAAAGAGUACCUUAAUUAUAAAGGUGUGUUAGUUCACAGAAAGAACUUCAUUAAUAAAAACUGUAAUUGCCGCCUCAAAUGUUUUGAUUCAGUGACUGAAGAGCAACGACAUGCUAUUUUCAAUAGCUUUUAUGGUAUGUCUGAUUUUUCUAGACAAAAUGCUUAUCUUACUGGACUCAUUCACAUAGGUCAAGUAGCUGUGAGAAGGCCAGUCAAUGGCAGCAAGCCAGAACGGCAAAAUUCCUGUAAAUAUUAUUUACAAGUUGCUGGGAAAACUCUCAAAGUAUGCAAACAAUACUUCUUGGAUACUUUUUCAGUAUCAAACGGCAGAGUUGCUAGAGCUCUACAGAAAUUAAAGCUGGGUAAAUCACCAGGAGAAGACCUCAGAGGGAAAAAUCAAACAGCUACAAAAAUUCCAGAGAAUAAAGUGCAAGGCAUAGUUGACCACAUCAACAGUUUCCCAGCAUUUCAGAGCCACUACACUCGUAAAGACAAUCCAAACAGAAAAUAUCUUAAUCCAGAACUGAAUUUGAGAAAAAUGUAUCAGCUGUAUGUAGAAAGUUGUUCAGUGCUAGGUGUUGUACCUGAAAAAGAACAUUAUUAUAGGUAUAUUUUCAACACAAAAUUCAAUCUACACUUUCAUGUUACCAGGAAAGACACUUGUAAAGUAUGUGAUAUAUUUAAAAUAUCCAUUGAUGUAGAAUCAGACAAACAAAAAUUGGUAGAUUUGAAAAACAAACACAAAGUUCACUUGGCUAAAGCUGAUAAAGCUAGAGAUUAUUUGAAAGCUGACGCAGAACUAGCACAAGAACAAAGCGAUGAAAUUCUAGCCCUGAGUGUUGAUCUCCAAAAAGCUCUUCCUUUCCCUAGGCUCAGUGUUUCAGAUGCUUAUUACCGGCGUAAUAUGUAUUGCUACAAUUUAGGAAUACACAACCUUGCUUCAAAUAAUGCAACUAUGUAUGUUUGGGACGAAUGCACGGCUUCUCGGGGGUCUCAAGAAGUAGCCUCUUCAAUUUUGAAGCAUAUUGAUUUACAUGUAUCCACUCAAAGUCACAUCAUAAUUUACAGUGAUACAUGCACAGGGCAAAAUCGUAAUAUCAAGGUUGCCCUGUCUCUAAUGCAUCUUGUGCAGAAUAGUCCUACAAUCAAUGUUGUGGACCAAAAGUUCUUGGUAUCUGGCCAUUCCUACUUGCCAAAUGAUUCAGAUUUUGGUCUCAUAGAAAAAUCUGCAAAAGGCAAACCAAUCUAUUUGCCAGAUGAUUGGUUUAAUGUCAUAGCUUCUGCCAGGAAAAAAAAUCGCUUUAUUGUUGUCAAAAUGGUGGCUGAAGACUUCAUAUCAACUGCCAAGUGGAGAAAUCAAUAA